UCGCGGCUCAGUCUCGGUCAUGUUUCGUCGUGUUUUGGGCAGACUGGUGACAGAGACAGUUUUUGUCCAGCAGCAUGUGAGUCCUGCAGCUGUGUGUCCCCGUCCGUCCGUGUCCUCCGCGUCGCUCCGCAGCUUCUCUGAUGUGAAGGACGAAGUGCAGCCGCCUUUUGACGCGUCUCUGCUCCACGUCCUGGUGUGUCCUCUGUCCAAGAAGCCUCUCAGGUACGAGCCAAAGACCAACGAGCUGAUCAACGAGGAGCUCGGCAUCGCCUAUCCGAUCAUCGACGGCAUCCCCAACAUGAUCCCGCAGGAGGCCCGACUCCUGCAGAAAGACCCCGACAACGCGACUUCAACCGGGCCAACACCAGCGUAGAAACUCCGUCCGGACACCGUCAGGACACCGCCAGGACACCGUCAGGACAUCGCCAGCUGAGUUCAGGAGACUCAAAAAUAUUUGGAAAACU